AUGUGCUUAUACCCUUAUAUCCUUAUAUCCUUAUACCCUUAUAUCCUUAUAUCCUAUAUCAUUAUAUCCUAUACACUUCUAUUCUCUAUCCUCACACAAAAUCACGAUACACCCUCACCAUCCUCACAUAGUACACUCGACUACCCUCGCAUCCUCCACUCACAAGUAUCCUCAGUACAGUACUUUCUGCUAUAUCCUUACCAUCCUCAAAUAUUGUCCUCAGUCACCCUUACAACUAUCCUCACCCCUUCCUCUCACCAUACCUAUCCCUAUCCUCACAUAUUACUCCCACCAUCUAGGCACUACCCUCACACAGUCCACACUCUUUCUCCUCAAACGCUAUUUUCACACCCUACCUCACAUACUAUCUCCAUAGUCACCUCCCAUCUUAACCUCAUCCUCAGACCUGUCCCUCACACCCUAUCCUCAGACCUCACCCUCAUACCCCAUCCUCACCCUCCAUCUUCAGACCUUACCCUCACACCCCAUCAUCUGACCUUGCCCUCACACCCCAUCCUCAGACCUUACCCUCACACCCCAUCCUCAGACCUUGCCCUCACACCCCAUCCUCAGGCCUUGCCCUCACACCCCAUCCUCAGACCUUGCCCUCACACCCCAUCCUCAGACCUUGCCCUCACACCCCAUCCUCAGACCUUGCCCUCACACCCCAUCCUCAGACCUUACCCUCACACCCCAUCCUCAGACCUUACCCUCACCCCCCAUCCUCAGACCUUGCCCUCACACCCCAUCCUCAGACCUUGCCCUCACACCCCAUCCUCAAACCUUACCCUCACACCCUAUCCUCACACCUCAUCCUCAGACCUUACCCUCACAUCCCAUCCUCAAACCCUAUCCUCAAACCCCAUCCUCAGACCUUACCCUCACACCUCAUCCUCCGACCUUACCCUCACACCCUAUCCUCACACCUCAUCCUCAGACCUUACCCUCACACCCUAUCCUCACAGCAGCCCAGGUCGCACCCUGAUCAGUCUCAGUCCGGAGUGA